GGGAUUGGAAAGCCCCGGAUCCUCACGCCCACUAAUCACUGCCGUAGAGUAGGAGUAAAUGCUCAACGGUUUCCUCCAAACCACCAUAUUCGUUCAACUACACAUCCCUUCUCAUUAUCCUUCUACGUUUCUCUCUUCGUAUACUCCAUCAAAUCUCCAUUCGCUGGGCCCACCCACAUGCACUUGAUUAUCAACCCUCUUCUGGGUUUUCUUAUUUAAUCUACCCCUAAACCCCAAAUCCCAUUUCUCAGAUCCAUCUCUCCCCUCCCACAGUCCCACUUUCAGAAAGCAGAAACACUCUGUCUCCACAUGGAGCUCUGUUUCGUGGACGAGCUCAAAUCUCAGCCUUCAUGGCUGCUUCUACUAAUAGCCCUCGGUUCUUUAUCAGUAUUGAAAUGUUCUGUAUCAGUUUUCAAAUGGUUCUAUGUUAAUUUCCUCAGACCUCCCAAGAAUCUGAAAAAGUACGGGUCAUGGGCACUCGUAACUGGACCAACCGAUGGUAUUGGUAAGGGUUUCGCUUUCCAGUUAGCUCGUAAAGGCUUCGAUCUAGUUCUUGUGGGUCGAAAUCCAGAGAAGCUAAACGAUGUGUCGGAGUCGAUUCGAGCUAAAUAUGGGUCAACCCAGAUCAAGACUGUAGUGGUUGAUUUUUCUGGUGAUUUAGACGAAGGUGUUCAGCGGAUUCGCGAAGAGAUUGAAGGGAUAGACGUUGGGAUUUUAAUCAAUAACGUUGGAGUUUCGUAUCCGUACGCAAGGUUUUUCCAUGAAGUGGAUGAGAAGUUGUUGGCUGAUUUGAUUAAAAUUAAUGUUGAAGGUACUAGUAAGGUCACACAGGCGGUUCUUCCUGGAAUGCUCAAGAGAAAGAGAGGGGCUAUUGUUAACAUUGGUUCUGGUGCUGCCAUUGUCAUCCCUUCUGAUCCUCUUUACUCUGUUUAUGCGGCCACCAAAGCAUAUGUUGACCAGUUCUCAAGAUGCCUCUAUGUGGAAUACAAGAAGAGUGGUAUUGAUGUGCAGUGUCAGGUCCCAUUGUAUGUGGCGACCAAGAUGGCAUCAAUCAAAAGGUCCUCCUUCUUUGUUCCAUCAACAGAUGGUUAUGCUCGGGCUGCCAUGCGCUGGAUUGGCUAUGAACCUCGUUGCACGCCUUACUGGCCCCAUUCUCUUCUUUGGGGAUUAGCAAAUUCUUUGCCUGAAUUUGCCAUUGAUGCUUGGCGCCUGCGAUUCUGCCUUGCGAUUCGGAAGAGGGGACAACUCAAAGACUCUAGAAAGAAAGAAUAGAUGGCCAUGGCGAUUUAGACCGGAAUAGGGAGUUUGGAAGGUCAAUUUGAUUUGAGACGAUAGUCUUUUCAGUUCUUAAGUGCAUAAAUGUAUGUUCUUUUUCCUUAAAUCACAUUAAGUUGGGAGGAGAGUUUGGAUUGCUUUAAUAGCAAGGUUAAGUUUAUUUGAGACACCAACCCUGCAGCUCUAAGUUUCUCCAUGUAAGUUAACUUACUUUAAUUCAUUUGGGAGGUGACUAUGGAAUGCUUGGCAUCUCUAGAAUACUAGUCAGUGUUGCUAUGCCCAGUGAUACUUUCAUUGUUUGA